AUGCAACUCUUCUCAUGGCCUCGAUCGCAGUUAUUGGAGAUUGGUGAUCAGCCAUGGUGUCCUUCAUGGCUUCACCACCAUGAACAGCUGGUUCUCACUCAACUAUGGAAUCUUAGAAUCCCCGGGUGGAGCCGUGGAAGUCUCGCGACCCAGGCAUGUUCAGUAUUCAGAGAAUAUCUGAAGGAUCUUUCAUCAUACACGGUGCUUGAUAUCUGUGCUGGUGCCGGUGGGCCUAGUCCGGUUCUUGAAGCACAGCUCAAUCAGCAGCUCGAGGCCGAGGGUAAAGAUCCUGUGCAAUUUAUCUUGAGCGAUCUCUAUCCCCAUGUCGAAGAGUGGGAGCGAAUCUCGAAGAAACAACAAAAUGUCUUGUACAUCGACCUGCCAGUCGAUGCACGGGCUGUUCCUCGAUUUGCGGGGAAAUCAAAGAAAGAGUGUCGGAUAUUCAAUAUUUGUUUCCACCACUUCGGGGAUGAAGAUGCAGCGGGAAUUCUGAAGAGUGCGAUCGAGUCCGCCGACUCGUUCAUCAUAUUUGAAAUCACAGCACGCGAUCUUUGGACUUGUCUCUGCUCGCCUUUAGUGUACUUUUGGACCUUUUUUGUGACUCUUGUCUGGUACUGGGAUUCACCAGCCCACCUCCUUUAUACAUUCAUUCUGCCUAUAGCGCCUCUGGCACUCUGGAUCGACGGACUCAUCUCCUGCCUCCGCACCCGUACCGCAGAGGAAACGUGGAAACUGCUGGACCAGCCUGAUCUGGAUCUCCACGACUGGACUUUUCACAGCGGGCAAAAAACUGUUCAGUUCCCUUUCAUCACUUUGUAUUACCAUAUUGGUAUCAAGUCAUGA